AUGGCUGAAAAAAAUCAGUCGGGAUUGUCUAUAACGACUUUUCUGAAGCACCCAUUCCUGCAGACAUUUACUGUCUGCUACAUGCUACUGCAGCAACUGAUUACCUGGAUCUUCGCUCCUAACCCUCCCAAGCCGUCUGCGGUUGCAGAUGGCCUCCCAAAGAAGAGAAUUGCUGUGAUUGGCGCUGGCUUAACCGGUGUCUCGGCGGCAGCGCACUGUGUCGGCCAUGGGUUCGAUGUAGAGAUCUUUGAAGCAAGAUCGAAGGAUAAGGGUCUUGGAGGCAUCUGGAGUCGUGUGAACUCGACUUCUUCUUUGCAAAUCCACAGCAUCAUGUACCGGUUCCACCCCUCGGUCAAGUACGACGCAGCCUAUCCUACGCAAGCACAGAUCAAGGAGCAAAUUACCAGCCUGUGGAAGCGUUACGAUCUCCAGAAGCACACUACCUUCAACACGCCUAUCACCUCGGUCAAGCAGACCAAGAACGGCAGAUGGCUCAUCAACAACGACGAGUCCAAGUAUGGCCGCUUUGACGGCGUCAUUGCCUCUGUUGGUGUCUGCGGCGAUCCAAAGAUGCCUCCUAUCCCAGCCCAGGAGAAUUUCAAGGGCGAGAUUUACCACUCCUCCGAGCUCGACGGCAAGUCCGUCGAAGGCAAGAAAGUCCUCAUCAUUGGCGGUGGAGCCAGUGCCAUCGAGGCCCUCGAGUUUGCCGUGAAGAACCACGCUGCCGAGAUCGACGUGCUCUCCCGCUCUGACAAAUGGAUCAUCCCCCGCAACGUGUUCGUGCAGUCCCUGCUGGCAAUGAACAUCUUCGGCCAGGAGACCUCCCUCUCAUGGAUUCCCGAGUCCCUGCUCCGCAAGUUCUUCUACCGCGACCUGUCCGACAUCGCCCCCUCCGGCGGUCUGUUCACUGGCACCCCCAUGGCCAACUCGGAACUCUUCGAACAGAUCCGCCAAGGCAAAGCCCGCUGGCUGCGCGGCGACAUCGUCUCCGCCGAAGCCGAGGGCAUCCGCUUCAACUUCCGCAGCCGUGGCGUGCCCAAGGGCGGACCGGGCCAUGAGUCCGUCGUUCCCGGCGAUGUGGUCAUCAUGGCCACGGGCUUCAAGCGCCCGUCGCUCUCGUUCCUGCCCGACGACGCCUUCGAGGAGCCCUACUCGCCGCCCAGCUGGUAUCUCCAGACGUUCCCGCCCAAGUACCCCAGCAUCUGCGCCAACAACAGCACCUACGUCAACGCCAUCGGCACCGUCGGCAACAUGCACAUCGGCAUCUACACGCGGUUCCUGCUCAUGUUCCUGACGGACCCGCUGUCGCGGCCGAGCGAGGCCCGCAUGAAGACCUGGAUCGACUUUACCCGGCUCAUGAAGAAGCUGUCCCCCGUCGGGGCGUUCGAUUUCUUCACCUACACCGAGCUGCUCUAUUGGUUCGUGUUCAGUAUUUUGGUCAACCCGUUCCGUUGGAAGUGGGCGCCUUUCGUCCUGUUUGGCAUUGGAUGGACGCUGCCAUUGGAGGUGGUGAAACAGGAGGAUGCGUUUAGAAAGGAGCUGAAGCGACAGCAUUAG